AUGAGCUCAAACUCGGUGAGUUUGUUCCUAAUACGGCCCUGGACGGCUGAUAACACCAUGGAGUCUCCUAGAAAAUUUAACGAUUGUUAUUUUUACUACUAUUCUACAUGUAUCAAGGGUGACAACUGUGUAUUCCGUCACGAGCCAACAGCACUUGGGUGUGAAACAAUGUGUACUGCAUGGCAGCAGGGCAAAUGCCUGGACAAGCGUUGUAAGCUUCGCCACAUGGAGCUGCGGAAAAACCGCAAGCAAAUUCCAUGUUACUGGGAGAAUCAGCCUGGUGGUUGUCGCAAGAAGCAUUGCCCAUUUAUGCACAAGAAUCCUGAUGCCCGUACUGAUGGCAUUGCACCAAGUCAGCCUGCACCUCUCGUUGUUGCUACACCUGCCGUGGCUGAAAACUCCAUUGAGCAGCCAACAUUGAACUCUGGUGUGGCCCCACCUGUAGCGGCACCAGCCCCAGUACCUUUGCUUUGGCAACAGCAGCGACAAGUGGUCUUAGAUUCUGCAAUACUUGGGGUGCUGCCUGCUUCAAGUGACUUGCUAGGAGCCCGGCGAGUUCUGCCGCCCCACGCCCACGCCCACGCUCACCCUCACCCCCACGAAGCGCCAAACCCAUACGCACCACUGCCAGUCGACCCUCUGGUGGUUAACUUCGAGGAAGAGUCGGACAGCGAAAGCGCACCGUCCUCCACGCCCACGAAGACCGUGUCGUCGGACGACGCGCAGAAGAUCGCGCGCACCAAGUCCCAGGAGUUGCUGCUGCUGGAGAGGAUCCAAGCGGAGGCGGCCGCGUUCUACAGCUACGAAGCGCCCGCCCCCGAGCAGCCCAGCGAGCGGAAGAUUGUCCGGACCAACCUCGCCACGAAGUACGACCGGCUGUCGCUCGACGAGAUCGCAGGUAAGAAGCAGACAACCGAAGCCCGCUCCCUCGACUUCAAAGUGCUCUCGUUGGACGAGAUCAGGGCGAAGAAGAAUCUAAGCGAGGCGAACGCGCACGCCCCACCGAUAACUCUCAACCUGAGCAGGAAGCGGAAACUCUCCACGCAGGAGAUCAACACGACGACCGGCAAGAAGAUCAUCAAAGUGGUGCGGAGCAACUCGAUAGUGUACAAGAAGUUGGAAAAGGGCGCACCGGCACAGACCGGCCAAGCCAGGAGGGAGAAGCGCAGCGAAAGCGUUAGUAGGAAGCGGACCCUCUCCGAGCUGAGCGACAUCUGCGACGUGCAAGAGGACGAGCUGGUGGACAAUUGUCACGAAUUCAAGAGGAUAAAGAUCGGCGAGCAGACGUCGAAGCCCAUACUGAUCAGGAACAGGCACACGAGCACUUGCACGACGACCAGCGAGACCAACGACGAACAGAACGACUGCGGCAGCAGAGCCGAAAACGACCAAGAUUCGGACGUGGAGGUGCAGUUCGUCAGCAUCCACAUAUCGGAGGGGGCCGGCGUGGACGAGCCGACCGGGGGCGAGGUGAUCGACCUGGACUCCGCGAAAAUGGGCGAGCCGAUAGACAUUGUGGAUUUGUGCGAGGACGCUGAGGGGAGCGACGAUAUUGCCGUCACCGAUCUAGUUAAAAACGUCCCCGACGUCGUAGCCAGCUGCCAGAUGAAUAUUGGCAACGAUUGCGGCGAGAAGGACAUCCUCAAUGACAUUGACGCGCUUCUGGAUGACGACUUA